AUGGAAAGGUGGUGGUUUAAUUCGACGGUGUUUAAGAAGGAGUUAGAACGCGGGUAUGGAAUAAAGAAAUUAACGCACAAUCUUAGUCCUUUUGAAAAUACUAGUGAGAUUGAAGAUCCUAAUCGAAAAGGUAGGGCUAAAAACAUUCAUAGUUGCAGGGGUCGUGGCAAUUCUAGUUACAGUGAUGUUGGUCGUUUAUUUGGCAUCAAAGACAUUCGGAAUUUCAUCUCUGAUGAUACUUUUUUAGUUAGGGAUAGUAAUGGAGACAGUUAUUCUAUCUAUUUUGAUAUAGAAAAUCAUUUUGAGAUUGACAGCGAUCAUUCUUUUCUGAGUGAACUAGAAAGUUCUUUUUCUAGUUAUCGCAAUUCUAGUUAUAUGAAUAACGGAUCUACGAAUGAAGAUUCCUUAUACAAUCGUUACAUGUAUGAUACUCAAUCGAGUUGGAAUAAUCACAUUACUAGUUGCAUUGACAGUUAUCUUCAGUCUCAAAUCUGUAUUGAUACGUCCAUUGUAAGUGAUAGUAGUGACGGUUACAUUUCUAGGUGCGUUUUUGAUAAACGUAAAACUAGUAGUGAAAGUGGGUCCAGUAUACGAACCCGCGCGAAGAGUAGUGAUUUAACUCUAAGAGAAAGGUCUAGUGAUCUUGAUGCAACUCAAAAAUACAGGCAUUUGUGGGUUCAAUGCGAAAAUUGUUAUGGAUUAAAUUAUAAGAAAUUUUUGAAAUCAAAAAUGAAUAUUUGUGAACAGUGUGGAUACCAUUUGAAAAUGAGUAGUUCAGAAAGAAUCGAAGUUUUGAUCGAUCCCGGUACUUGGGACCCUAUGGAUGAAGACAUGGUCUCUCUGGAUCCCAUUGGAUUUCAUUCAGAGGAGGAGCCAUAUAAAGAUCGUAUUGAUUCUUAUCAAAGAAAGACAGGAUUAACUGAGGCUGUUCAAACAGGCGUAGGUCAACUAAAUGGUAUUCCCGUAGCAAUUGGGGUUAUGGAUUUUCAGUAUGGGGGUAGUAUGGGAUCCGUAGUCGGGGAGAAAAUCACCCGUUUGAUUGAGUACGCUACCAAUCAAUUUCUACCUCUUAUUAUAGUGUGCGCUUCGGGGAGCGCGCAUGCAAGAAGGAGUUUGAGCUUGAUGCAAAUGGCUAAAAUAUCGUCUGCUUUAUUUGAUUAUCAAUCAAAUAAAAAGUUAUUGUAUGUAUCAAUCCUUACAUCUCCUACUACUGGUGGGGUAACAGCUAGUUUUGGUAUGUUGGGAGAUAUUAUUAUUGCCGAACCAAAUUCCUACAUUGCAUUUGCGGGUAAAAGAGUAAUUGAACAAACAUUGAAUAAAACAGUACCCGAAGGUUCACAAGCGGCUGAAUAUUUAUUCCAGAAGGGCUUAUUCGACUUAAUCGUACCGCGUAAUCUUUUAAAAAGCGUUCUGAGUGAGUUAUUUAAGCUCCACGCCUUCUUUCCUUUGAAUUCCAAUUCAAUCAAGUAG